AUUGGAUUUAGAAAGGAAAGAAAGGAAAAGUAAGACCGGUACAUACGCUACUGGAUGAAUAGGAAGAUUUCCAAUUUAUCGAUGGAUCAAACUUAAACUAGGAAUUUUUAGUAUAUAACCGAAGUCCCUUUUAACAAUGUAAUCGAGUAUGUCCCUUUCUGCGUUUCAUACGGAUUUCACCGUUAUUGGAAUUGGAGAGGAAAGGAAGGAGAAGUAAGGCGGGUACAAACAUGCGUUACUGGAUGAACCAACUUACUUUCAGUUUGCCUACAGUCUUUCUAUUGAUUUGAACACGCCCUGAAAAUAAGGAUGCAUAGACCUUGAAUUGGAUUGGAUUGACCUCUGCAAACUAUUGUAAACAGAUUACUUCAGUAGCAUCCAAUCACUUCUAAAAAAGCGGCACAGACACCAACCACCUUACACCCCAUCGUGGGCCAUGCAAAUUUAAGCCAACAAAUUGUUUAAAAUGACCAAUUACCGUAGCGUGAGUUUUCACGAAUUGUGCCGCGUCUGCACGGCACAUGCACAGCAACGUAUCAACAUUUUUUCCCCAGAUGGAAAGAGUAAAAAUCUCUGCGCCAAAAUCGCUGAUUGUCUGUCAUUGAUGGUGGACGAGAAAGACCGUCUCCCGAAAGUCGUAUGCUCCAUUUGCGUAGAACAGGUUGAGGAGGUUUACAAAUUUCGAGAUAUAUGCAAGAAUUCCCAGAUCAUGUUGAAUGAUUGUUUGAAACAGGCUACUCAACACAAUGGAGGCAAAGUGUACAUAAAAGACGCCAUAGCUGCCAACAGUGGCAAGAGUCUCAGUGUGAUUGAGAAUAGUAGUGCAUCAAAUGCACGUCGAAAGGGCCAUAAUCCAUCUGCUUCUAGUACAAACCCUAUGCAACCGGUACCCAUAUCAAUUUCACGGGCAUUGCCGCAGCAAAAUGAUGCUAACAAAACAUUCAUCACAAAUAAUAGUAAUGAUAUACUCAACACCAUUAUGCAGUCGAUAGGAAUACAGCAAACGGUGGAUUCGGAGCAAGUAGAAAAGGCAUUAUCCCUGGAAUACACUAUAUCGGUGGAUAGUAAAGGGACAAUGAAGACUGAACCAAUGCAGUACAAAUCACCAGUUACCCAGACUGCUCAAAUUCCUCAAACACUUCAACAACAAAAGCAAAGUUCAACUGCUGAUUUAGACCACAAAGCACUCACUGAGUUUCUCAAAAUGAAACCAAAUAUUAAGGUUACCCCUAUUGGCAAGAAAAGUGCAAAAAAAGUAGAGGAGCCUCCGCAGCAACAACAACAACAACUACAACCGAACGAUUUGCCACCGCCGCAACAGUUGCAGUUCCACCCAUCACAAAUUCAACAAUUCAUCCAGCAACAAGAACAAGUUCAACUGCAACAGCAACAGUUCCUCACGCAACCUUCAACUUCUGUUGCCAGCAUUCAAUUACAACAACUGCAACAACAGUUACAACAGUUUCAGUUGCAGCAACAGCUUCAGCAACAACUACAACAAAUAACAUCCCAAUUACACCCACAGCAGACAAUCACAUUCAGCACGCCUUCGACGCCUGACAAUGAUAAUAGCCCAAGCAAAAACAAAAAGCCCAAACUUAAUUUCUUACUUUCUUCCCCUACAUCACAGACACUCACAGCCACAAUACCGCAACUCGCCAUGGCAGCUGGCGCCCAGCAGCCCCAAAUUCAACUACAACUACAAACUGCUCAAACACAGCCGCAGGCGGCUGCUGCAACACUACUCUCGAAUUUGGCGCCGCUUUUACAGCAACAACAACAGCAUACACAAAAUUCCGCGAAUAUGCUACAAACGCCAACAGCCGCAGGAACAACGCUCCUGUCAUCACCGAAUAAAUGCUAUUUACCCAUUACAAUUAAGGAUGAAUACUCAGACCAGCAAAUUGUGGCACAUAUUGAUGCUAAGAAUUUUAUGUUGCCUGCGACAUAUCAAUUACAAAUGAAGCUGCAGCCGCAGAUCGGCAAUGUGGACGGGCAACCAGUUAUGCAAUUAACACCAGCAUCUUUACCAGCAGCGUUACAGUUGGCCGCAUCGGCCCUAAAUAAUCAACAAUUUCAAUCGAUGACAGGCAAUAACAUGCUGCAACCACUUGCAGCUUUACAUGCACAACAACAGGAGCAGCAGCAGCAGCAGUCACAGCCAGUUACAGUGCAACAGCAAGGGUCACUGAAACCAACGGCACAAGUCACGUCGCAACAAAUAAUCCGUACAGCAGCCCAGUGCACUAACGAUGCUGCGACUUCCACAAAUGAUCAAACUGAAGAUUUUGUUCCACAUAAAGUGAAUGGCAGCAAACCAUUGUCUCAACAAAUGAAUGACAAAGUAAUAAAACAACAACGGUACAGAUUGUCGCAGCAGGCUGGUAAUGGAUCUAUUGAAAUAACGCCUACAACAAACCUCACUCAGCAAAUUAUGCAACAAGUGCAACUGCAGCACCAAAAACAGCAGCAGCAACAGCAGGAACAACAAAAGCAGCAACAGCAACAACAAAAACAACGUCAACAGCAGCAGCAACAACAACAGCAGGCGCAGCAGAAAUUACGUCAGCAGCAACAACAAGAACAACAACUGUUGCAAGAAAAGCAGCAGCAGGAUGUAGCUACAACAUUGGCGGCGCAGCAGCAGCAUGGUGGAAUCACCGUUCAUCGCAUAACAAACAAAUCAACCACGAAGCAACAGCAAAAACCACCACUACCACCGCAGCAGCAGCAACAGCAACAACCAACACAAAACACGAUAUUGCAAACGAAGAUACCAAUGUUGCAGAAAAAGGAUGUGACGAUCAGCCGAAUAAGCAGCACAGCGCAAACCCAAGAGCAACAGCUGCAGCAGCAACAAGCGUUGCUAAAGCUUUUACCAUCAAAAAAACUCGAUGUGAAAACAAAAGAGGCAGCAGCCACAGCGGUACCAUUAAAGCAACAGCAACAACAACAACAAUCGCAGGUGCAAUUGCGUCCAGAUUCGCAGCCACCUCAAGCUCUUCAAAGACAGAAUAUCUCAUCUCCUCUAAAGACGGCACAGAAAGCUAUCAAUACAUUGUCAACAACGCCGCAAAAACAACAACAGCAGCAACAACAACUACCACAUCACUUAAGCACAUCGAGCGGUGGAGCAACGGCAACCGCGACUUCUCAGCAGCAAACCGUAUCUAAAGAUGUUACGAAAUUGAAAACUGAGGGCAUAACUGCACGCGGUAUUGGGCCAAAUGGACUCGAAUGCAGCCAAUGUGGACGUGUCUUUAAAAAGAAAGAGCAUCUGACCCAACACAUAAAACUGCAUGCUGGUUUGCGGCCCUUCAAAUGCAAGGAAGAUGGAUGUGGUAAGGCUUUCAGCCGAAAAGAGCACCUAUUGCGCCAUGAAAUCUCGCAUUCAGGACGAAAGCUAUUUAGCUGUGAUGUUUGUAGUAAACCAUUUUCGCGCAAAGAUAAUCUAAAUAAGCAUAAAAAAAUUCACACGAUUGGCGUCUAUAAUUGUGAAAUGUGCAACAAGCAGUUUGCGGUACGAGCAUAUUACGAAGAACACAAGCAAAUGCACGAGAAUCCAGAAUCUGCUGGAACUGCAGAUACAAACAUAAAGAACGAAAAACCAACGAGUGAGCAAAGUACCAACAGCAUGCCUGCUGUACAAAACAUGAAUAGGCAACAACAAGAAGCACAAUUACAGGUUCACCAGCAGUCACAGUCACAGUCACAGUCACAACAACAACACCAUAUUUCGCAACCUGCAAUGACCGCCAUACCGCCGUCCUUAAUGUCAACGAAUCCAUCACAAACACAACAAAUACAAAUUGUACAGCAACCCACAGGCAAUAUACAAUUUCAACAGCAACAUCCACAACAACAACAACAGCAUAUUAUGCAACUGCAACUGCCAACUGUUGUAAGUACACAAGAUUUAGCGGGCAACACAAUUACCAUAACACAAUCACAUGAUCCCACAUUGAAAACGACAAUCGGUAGUCACGAUGCAACGGUACUAAAUCUACCUUCUACGCUAGCCAACCUUAUGCAGCUGAGUCAUGCACAGUUCGUGAACCCGGCUACAGGCCAAAUAAUGGGUCACAUAAAAAUUGAGAAAUAAAUAUAGUUU